GUUUAAGGUUUAUGAGGUAGGCAGAGGAAAGUACCUACCUAAGGUCAGGUACGAUUACAUGGGGGUUCCCUAUCUUUUGAACCUUAUACCCAGGCAAUUCAUUUUCUAGCUAGGAGGUAGGGUUUGGGGUGCAUCACCCCCCGGUACCUCUUACUUCCUCAAUUACAUACACUUACAGGUAAGACCGAAAGAUCUGAUUGGUCGAGAAUACUUUAUCUAUCUUCCCAAAUUUGGUUCCGUCUUUUCUGUUAAGGUCUGGCCGAACGAUUAAAAGUCCAAGUUCAGGUUACCUUUUUAAGUCUAAAAAAAACUCGAGUCCACUUUCGGGUUCCUCUUCUCGAAUUUACAUAUACAUAUAUGUCGCCUUCGAUCCUCAUAUUGCCUGUCGACUGAAUCUUUCGGUCGUCUUUUCAUUUUUCAUCUCCUUUUUUUAUACUUUUCCUUCCCUCUGUUUUUGUCCUCCCUCCCUUUUCUCCUUCGAGCGAGAAACUAACACUAACUUAUAAGUUUCCGACGACAUUACUUAACCUAAAUUAACAUACGAGGGAGGCGACUUAUAAAAAAAAAAGGAACAGACGAACAGGAAAUUUGACAUCGGCUAUUUUUAACCCGCUGAUUUUCCCCCGAAUUCCUCGGCCAAUACCGGUAUCAUGUCGUGGUCGCCCUCCUACACGUGGACGGGCUCGCCUGCCGAGUUCAACGGUACCAAUCCCGAGACCGGUGGAGAUUCCAGCACCGAGAACUUAAACCAAUGGUACCAACCAGGCGACCAGGCCUUCAUCAUCGUUUCGGCAUGCAUGGUCCUGCUCAUGGUGCCCGGCAUCGCAUUCCUCUACUCCGGUCUAUCUCGAAGAAAGUCGGCCUUAUCUCUCAUCUGGGUCGUUAUGAUGUCGUUCAGCGUCAUCAUCUUCCAGUGGUACUUCUGGGGUUACUCCCUGGCCUUUAGCUCGACGGCCACCAACGGCUUUAUCGGCAACUUGCACCACUUCGGCCUCCUAAACACCCUUGCGAAACCUUCCCCCGGAUCGCCCCUUAUCCCCGAGUUGCUGUACUCGUUCUACCAGAUGAUGUUCUGCGCUGUAACCGCAGCUCUCGUCAUCGGUGCGGUCGCCGAACGAGGCCGCAUGCUUCCCGCCAUGGUCUUCGUCUUCUUCUGGGCUACCCUCGUAUACUGCCCGCUCGCCUGCUGGGUUUGGAACGUUCACGGAUGGGCCUACAACUACGGUGUCCUCGACUAUGCCGGAGGUGGUCCCGUCGAGAUCGGCUCUGGUCUUUCUGCUCUAGCCUACUCCUGGGUUCUCGGCCGCCGCCACGAGAAGAUGAUGCUCAACUUCCGACCCCAUAACGUUUCCCUCGUCACCCUCGGCACCGUUUUCCUCUGGUUCGGAUGGCUCGGUUUCAACGGCGGCUCCGCGUUCGGCGCUAACCUGCGAGCUACGAUGGCGUGCUGGAACUCGUGUCUGACGGCUACUUUCGCCGCUAUGACUUGGUGUCUGCUCGAUUUCCGUCUUGCGAGGAAGUGGUCCAUGGUUGGAUGGUGUUCCGGCGUCAUUUCCGGCCUCGUUGCGGCUACGCCUGCGUCCGGUUUCAUUCCUCCUUGGGCGUCGAUCAUCCUAGGUGUUGUCACUGGUGUCUGCUGUAACUUUGGCACCAAAGUCAAGUUCCUAGUUCGAAUCGACGACUCCCUCGAUGUGUUCGCUGAACACGGUAUCGGUGGUAUUGUUGGUCUCGUCUUCAACGCCUUAUUCGGCGCGAAUUAUAUCAUCGGCCUGGACGGUGUCAACAACGGAGUAUUACCCGGCGGUUGGAUUGACCACCACUACGCCCAAUUAUAUAUCCAGAUCGCCUACAUCGUCGCCGCAUGUGCUUAUUCGUUUGUCAUGUCCGCCAUCAUCGCCAAGCUUAUCGACCUCGUGCCCGGAUUGCAUCUACGUGCCACGGAGGAAGCCGAACUCCUGGGUAUGGAUGACGAUCAGCUCGGAGAAUUUGCCUACGACUACGUCGAGGUGCGUCGCGAUUUCUUGGCGUGGACCCCUGCCAAGGAGGAGCCUACCGCGGACGGCCACAGAAUUAUCCCGCAGCACGGAAUCGAAGAGCACCAACAUAUGGCCAAUACGAACGGCCUAGCUCUCGAGAAAGAACAAGAGAAGAUAGGCGCGUCAACUAGAGCACCCGCUAAAGAAAGGGCUGCUGAAGAAGCUGCGAAGGCGGCCACGCAGAGCAGUAGAGGAAGCGGAGAAUAACCAAGCUCUCCCCCUCUUUGUCUAUUCCCUUGCUUUCCACUGUUACACUAUUUGACAUAAAAAUUCGCAUGUGUUAUUACAUAAUACCCAUCAGUUUUCUUUCUCCCCCUUUUUAUUUUUCUUGUCACUUUUUUUUAACCAGUAUAUUGUUUUUUCUUCAACUAAAAAUAUUUCCGGAGCGGUGGACGGAAAGAUGGAAGGAUUGAAUUUUGUGUGUGUGUGUGCUUUUCGUCCGAGAAGGCAUGGCGUCUAGGCGUUUCUGCUGCUGUUGCUGCUGCUGCUACUACUACUCCUAUUUGGUCUUUCUGUUCUCUCUGACAUGGGAGAGAAGGAAAGGGAAAGGAGCAAGGGAAAGGGAGAUGAAAAUGAAGAUAUUUGUAAGGCUUGCGAUGAUUAAGGAUGAGAGAGGGAGAGAGGGAGAAGGGGUAUGGAUGUGAUGUGAUAUGAAGGGGAGGGUUAGGUUAGGCACAGCAUACCAAUGUUGCCAACUACCAAUACAAAUACUUGAAAUAACUUUGUUAUGGUUCAUGCGAAUACUGGCUUUUGUGAGGAUUAUUUAGUAUAUUACGUGGUGGGUAUCUUGAGUAUACUCGAGGUCUACCAUGGUUAUAGUAUUAAGACAAGCAGACGAAUAUAUAUAUAUAAGCCA